CCGUGUGUUUCCCUCCCCCGUUCUCUGAGCGUUCCGCACCUAGCCCAGUGUCCGCUUCCCCGCCUGCCUCUGCCGCUUUCCCUGAGCCCCCGCUCUCACAGACGCGGGCGGUGUCGGGGAGCACACCAGGCGGAACCUAGAGCCCCCCAUGCCCUCCCGGGCCCCGCCAUGUGUCCCCGAGACGCAGCCGUGGUGAAGAAGGUCGCGCGGUGACAGGGCCCAGGCAGCUGGUGAGGAAUGGUGGUCUGCGUUACGCUGUCACCCGUGUGAUUGCGGAAGGCAGGUGACAGUAUUCUUAGCCUCCAGCCAGGGAGCCUUAGGCAGGUAGAGGCCUACCCAGGAAAAAGGCAUGGCUGGGAGUAGCUUAAUUCUCUAGCAGGCACAGUGUUCAUUUUUAAGCCUCUGGGAAAGGGGAAUUUUGAGAAAAGGAGUGUGUUUGAAAGCGCUUUUUUCUGGUGCGAGAGGGAGAGAUGACCUCAAAAAUAAAUGGUGCUGGAGAAAAGCUCCAGAGGAUGGAGAUUGUAGUUAGGCAGGGUGUCAGACUGAGGAGCUCUGGAGGGGAGCUUUAAAAAACUGGGUGCAGUGAUCUAUCUCUUGCAGGCCAGUCUGUGUCCAGGAUCACUGGUGGUGAAGUUAGGCAGAGAUGCUGGACUUUACCCUUUGUGGAGAUGUAAAAUUUAAAAGGAAUGCAAAAUACCUUUGAAAGUGGUAAUUCCUCAUUUUUCCCCCUUGGCAGCUCGGAUUCUGAAGGUAAUUUUGAGACCCCUGAAGCUGAAACUCCAAUCAGAUCACCUCUCAAGGAAUCCUGUGAUUCAUCAUUAGGAUUGGUGAGACCUGGGGCUGAAACCCAAGAAUUACAAGCCAAUGAACAGCUAGAAGCAGAAGUGGUUGACAAGCACUCACCUGAGACUCGUUCUGGAUCUUCAGGAAAUGGAGUACCGCACACAGCCACUGAUCCUCACUCAGUGAGGGAUGUCAAAGAAGAACCUGGUCACGAUAGCAGCAAGAUUUCAGUAGUGAGGCCGUUUUCCAUAGAAACCAACAAUUCCUCAGAUACCGGGGCAGCUCUCGGAACGGAAGCAGCCCAUGGCUACGGAAUUGCAGUGUCAGGCGAGGCUUUGCCCUCCAGCAUGCCAGGAGCCACCCUGGAGGAGGCAGUGACAGAAGGCAGCCUGAAGGUUACGCUCGAGGCGUCUGCAGAAGGCGACCUACAGGCCAGAAGUUCCUGUCCAGAGCCUGUGGCCAACAGAAGCAAGCUGAGGAAGCCCAAGCCUGUGUCCUUCCGGAAGAAAGCAACUGGGGGAGAAUUCUCAGGGGUGGAAACUGCCGCAGAAGGCAGACCUCUUGCCAGGGUAUCUUAUCAGACAAACCCUGAAGAAUUAGAUGAGAAUGCAUGUCCUCUGCUGGGAGGUGACAGGAGCCAGAGAUGUCCCCCUGGCCUUAAUGAAGCUUCAGACACUCUCAUUAGUGACUCCAAUGACACAGGGAUUGAGCCUCAAGAAGAGACAAGGAACUCACCUCUCAAACUUGAGUUUGAUUUCACAGAAGACAUGGAAAACGUAGAGGCCAGGAAAGCCUUUCCAAGGAAACUUGGCAGGAAACCGGGUAACAAAUUGACUCCCAAGAUACAGAAAGAUGGUAUCCAUAGGCCAGUAGGUGUAGAACAGCCUGCAGACCCGACAGCUAGAGAUGCCUCUCUCUCCCAGGUAUCUUCCAAGCUAGAGCCUGGUCAGUGGGAUCACCCCAGCUCUGGUUCCCGUGGGAGCCUCUCCUCUCCGCGGAGCUCCCCACCCCUCUCCACUAAGGGCUCCUAUGAUUUUGACCCAGAUAAUUGCAACGAAUCCAUGGAUACUUUUAAGCCAACUACGACUUUAACAAGCAGUGACUUUUGUUCUUCUACUGGUAAUCAUGUUAAUGAAAUCUUAGACUCACCCAGGAAGUCAAAGUCGCGUUUAAUAACGACCACUGAGCAAGUGAAAUUUCUCUGUUUUCUGUUGAGUGGCUGUAAGGUGAAGAAAUAUGAAAGUCAGUCUCUUGCUUUGGAAACUUGUUCUCAGGAUGAAGGAGCAGUGAUCUCCCAGAUUUCAGACCUUUCUAAUAGGGAUGGCCAUGCUACUGACGAGGAGAAAUUGGCAUCCACGUCAUGUGUUCAGAAAUCAGCUGGCGCCGCAGUGAAAGAUACAGAGAACGAGACGUGCCAGAAGAUGGACAAAGAGGAGUCUGCUGUGCUUGGACUCCGCGUGUCCUCAGAGAAGGCCCCUGUGUCUGUGGCCUGUGGCAGUGAGAGCCCCCUGGAUGGAAUCUGCCUGAGUGAAUCGGACAAGACUGCCGUGCUCACCCUGAUAAGAGAGGAGAUAAUCACUAAAGAAAUUGAAGCAAAUGAAUGGAAGAAAAAAUACAAAGAGACUCGGCAAGAAGUGUUGGAGAUGAGGAAAAUUGUGGCUGAAUAUGAAAAGACCAUUGCCCAAAUGAUUGAAGACGAACAGAGGACCAGCAUGACCUCUCCGAAGAGCUUUCAGCAGCUGACCAUGGAGAAGGAACAGGCGCUAGCUGACCUGAACUCAGUGGAAAGGUCCCUUUCUGACCUCUUCAGGAGAUAUGAGAACCUCAAAGGCGUGCUGGAAGGGUUCAAGAAGAAUGAAGAAGCCUUGAAAAAAUGUGCUCAGGAUUACUUAGCCAGAGUUAAGCAAGAGGAGCAGCGAUACCAGGCCCUGAAGACUCACGCAGAAGAGAAAUUAGACAGAGCCAACGAAGAGAUUGCUCAGGUUCGCACAAAGGCAAAGGCUGAAAGUGCAGCUCUGCAUGCUGGACUCCGGAAAGAGCAGAUGAAGGUGGAGUCCCUGGAGAGGGCCCUUCAACAAAAGAACCAAGAAAUUGAAGAAUUGACAAAAAUCUGUGAUGAGCUAAUUGCGAAGCUGGGAAAGACUGACUGAGAUUCAUCCGUCGGCUCCGCAGAUCUCCACCUGCUGCUUCCGUCGUGACCACAGUUAAUCUUGCCUUAUCCAGAAAUAAUUGCCCCUUUGCAGAGAAAAAAACAAAAACUGUAUAAAAAGCACAUGCCUCCUGCUGCCCGUCCCGCUUUGCUGCUGGUGCAGCGGCCCCAGAGGAGACUGGAGCGUGGCCCCUUCGUGAAGGAGCGUGGACCCUGAUGGCUGGCGUCUCAGCGUGAGCCGGGCCACGGAGUGGGUCUGUGGUUCUGUCUUUACUGUGUCUUAGCAUCCUCUUUACUGUCCCCAGGCUGGUUAAAUUUGUGAUUUUGUGGCUACUGUUUGGGGUCAUCUCUUCACCACCUGUCUGGUAUUCUUAUGACCUGUUCGAUCUAUUAAUUUUCAUUAUCAGCAUUUUUAUUAUCAAAGGAGGCAAUUUGGCCUAUUAUUUCAGUUUAUAAACAAGAAGUACCCUUUUAUAUACAGUAUAUACAGUGUACACUGUCACUUACACAUAGAUAUCUACCUGUGCUGGUGCUCUUCCCCGGAGGCAUAUCAGUUAAGAACAUCUAUAGACAAAUCUAUUUCAGGCUGGGGACUCAGCUCAGUGGCACAGUGCCCACCUUGCAAGUACAAGGUCCCGAGUUCGAUCCCUGGUACCAAAAAAAAAAAGAAGAACAUAUUUCCAUAAAUGUAGAAACCAGUUGGAAACAGCCCUGUCUCCAAAUGCCAAUGUAAGAAUUUGAGGCCAAGUGCUAUGGCACCUAUGUGUGGUCCCAGCUACUUGGGAGGCAAGAGGAUUCCUUGAGCCUAUGAGUUUGCAACAUGGUGAGUCCUUGGUCUUUAAAAAGAAAAAAAAA